AUGUUCUUGCAGGGUAUGAUUACAACUUUCUCCGCGCUCAUCUUUGGUGGACUGGGUCUAUCCACGGCCUUUGCUAUCACGCCAGACGUUGGCGCUGCACGUCAAGGAGCUACACGUAUAUUCCGAGUUAUAGAGAAGAAGUCGCUUAUCGAACCUAAUCAGCCUGGUGUAUAUGUAUCGUCAUUUGCAAGUAGACAUGAUCAUGGAGACGAUAUGGGGGCGAAGGAAGUUGAAGCACUCGGCCCAGAUGAAGCGGUACAGUCCGGUCUCGAGCUGUCGGCAGUGAGUUUACAGCACAACAAAACAGCAGCAUCCAAACAGGAAGUAGAAUUGCAGGGCCAGGUUUCGUUCAAUGAGUUGGUGUUCUCAUACCCCUCGCGCCCUGGACAGACAAUCCUUAACGGCUUCACCGCAAGUAUCGAAGCCGGCAAAACCCUUGCGCUUGUCGGAGAAAGUGGCUGCGGCAAGUCGUCGGCCAUGGGCAUACUUGAGAUGUUCUACCAACCCCGCGGGGGUCACCUGAGUGUGGAUGGCGUGGAUGUACGCGAAUACAACCUGCAGAGUCUUCGCCAGGCUAUAGGCUUGGUAGGCCAAGAGCCUGACCUGUUUACCGCAACGGUUAGAGAGAACAUUGUGUACGGCCUGGACGUAGAUACACACCCGGUGUCGGACGAGGAGAUCAUUGCUGCGUGCGAGAAGGCGAAUGCCAUGUCAUUUAUCGAUCAGUUGGAAGACGGUCUCAGCACUCACUUGGGUGUGCGCGGCUCGUUACUGAGUGGAGGCCAGAAACAACGGGUGGCCAUCGCCCGCGCUCUUCUCAGAGAUCCAAAGAUCCUGCUUUUGGACGAAGCCACUUCCGCCUUAGACGCCGAGAGUGAGCGAGUAGUACAGAGCGCGCUUGACGCUGCUGCUGAGGGCCGCACGACGAUAAUGAUAGCGCACAGAUUGAAAACUGUGGAGAAUGCAGAUAAGAUCUGCGUGGUUGAGUUGGGCAAGGUAGUCGAAGAGGGCACACAUAGUGAGCUCAUGGCCGUGAAGGGACGGUACUAUAACUUAGUUAGAUUGCAAACAACAGAGUAAAUAAAAUAAAGCAUAUAUAUAUAUAUAUUGGGUGCUGAACAAGCCGCUAUACAAUGUAA